AUGCGUCCCAGCGGCCCCUCAAUGAAUAAAUCGGGAAAAAGAAUUAAGCGCAGUUCAUUUGCAGAGGAGCAUGUUCUCGCGAAUAAAUUUUUGCUGGCCUUUUUUUCACUGCGUCUUCGCGAACUGAUCCUGAACGGCGUAUGCGACGGGAAUGAUAACGCAAGGGCACCAAAUAUUCCGAGCGUUGAGCUACAUCUUGGAGCAAUCACCAAUGCUGCGCAAGCAUUUCGUGCUAUUCUGCAAUACCUUUACACUGGGAUACUCACUUUCAGCACUGCACAUCCAUUCCAGGUAAAAGUUAUUAUUACUCUUCAGUAUUUGAAAAAAUAUUUUGGUUUGAACGUCUGA